GGCGGGUUUUAUUUGACCAAUUCUGGGAUUCAGAGGGCUACAGAAAGAGUGCUGGAAACGCCUAUGCUUAUGUAUUUCUGACGUUGGUGUGUUUUAUUUGAGGCGGAGCUAGAGACCACUGACACGUAAGGAUCCUGCAUUAAUUCCAAGGGAGAAGCUACAUAGGCCUACAUCUUUUUAGUCGAGAAGAAUGUCCUUUUUAAAUACAACCAGCUGCUAAUGUUUUCUAUUCGGAUUGAUGCAUAAAAUUACCCAACGAGUCGCACAUUAGGGUGCGUGUAGCCUGGCGACGUAGUCUACAGUCAACGUUGAAAAUGAGAUUUGCAAUGUUUAUUUCUAUGCUGAGGCCGAUCGGCCCGGUUAUUAUCGGUGUUUCUUUGGGAUUUACCUUGAGUUUACUUAGUGUGAAUUGGGUAGAGGAAACUUGUGUCCUCGACGGGAAAGCGAGUGAAGAAAUACGUUUGGCCCAAGAUGGGAAUUCAAAAGGAGCGAGGAGACCCAAUUCGAUAUCGACUGUGGAUGCCGAGGAAGAUUUUGAGCCAAGAAUAGUGCCAUAUAAACCAGUCCAACAAAGCCAAACAAAGCAACUUUUUCGGGCUAAGUACAUCAGUACAGAGCUGGGGAUCCGGCAGCGCCUCUUCGUAGGGAUCCUGACGUCCAAAAGCACCAUCAACACAUUGGGAGUGGCCGUGAACCGCACCAUCAGCCACCACCUGGACACUGUGGUCUUCUUCACCGGCAUGCGCAACCGCAAAGUGCCCCACGGCAUGUUCGUGGUCACCCAUGGGGACGAGAGGCUCAUAUGGAACAUUUUCCAGACUAUCAAGUACAUCUUGGAGCACUACGUCCAUGAGUAUGACUGGUUCUACCUGGCCCAGGACGACACCUACACCGAGGCAGACCGGAUCCAACAGCUGGUGGAUCACCUGAGCAUAGACCGGGAGCUUUACAUGGGCAGCCCUGAGGAGUUUAUAGGUGGGGAUAUGGAGGGGAGGUACUGCUACGGUGGGUUCGGAUACCUCCUGUCCCGUACCCUGCUGCUCCGGCUCAAACCCUUCCUGGAGAACUGUAGGAAUGACAUCCUGAGCGCCAGGCCUGACGAGUGGCUGGGCAGAUGCAUCAUUGAUUAUGCCAACACCAACUGUGUGGCUGAGCAUGAGGGGCUGCAGUACUACCAUUACGAGAUGGGCAAGAACUCAGAUCCGAGUAAGGUGAAGAAUGUGCAGUUUAAUAAUGCCUUGACUGUCCACCCGGUAUCUGACCCUGAGCAGAUGUACAGACUACACAAACACUUCACUGAAAUCGAACUUCGGAGGACAUACGAUGAGAUCGAGAAGUUGCAGGCAGAGAUAAAGAAUGUGAGCAAAGUGGCUUUUGAUGGCAACCGGAGCGCCCAGUGGCCCGUUGGGAUCAAUCCUACGUUUGAGCCGAAGUCCCGUUUUGAGGUCAUCCGAUGGGACUACUUCACAGAGGAUCAGGUAUAUUCAUGCAUUGACGGCUCCCCCAAGUGUGAACUGCGUGGCAUUGAUCGGUUGGACGUGGCCGACGUCAUCGAGAGAGCCAUGGGGGAGCUGAACAAGAAGUACAAGCCUGUCCUCCACCUGAAGAAGCAGCAGCUGAUCAACGGCUACCGCCGCUUCGACCCCACUCGGGGCAUGGAGUACACCCUGGACCUGCAGCUGGAGGUGGUCAACCAGAAGGGCCGCAGUCGCUCCAUCACCAAGAGGGUCCACCUGGUGCGUCCCCUGAGUCGCAUCGAGAUCAUCCCCAUGCCUUACGUCACAGAGGCCACCAGGGUUCACGUCAUCUUGCCGUUGACUUUUCAGGAACGGGGUGCCGUCAACCAUUUUCUAGAAGUGUUUGCCACAAAUUUGUUUGAGACCAGUGACAACGCCAUCUUGACUUUACUGUUUAUCUACGACCCAUUCGAGGCCCAGCAGGUCAACCAGAAUGACAUAUUCACCAGUGUUAAAGCGCAGAUCAAUGCAUACGAACGCAAGUAUCCGGCAGUGAAGAUCCUGUGGAUAAGUGUCAAGACAGAAACCCCUUCUCAAAUCAAGUUCAUGGACAUAAUUUCCAAGAAGCACCCAGUAGACACGCUGUUCUUCAUCACCAACGUCAACACCAACGUCAACUCCGAGUUCCUCAACCGUUGCCGCAUGAACUCCAUCAACAACUGGCAGGUAUUCUUCCCGAUCCACUUCCAGGACUACAACCCAGACAUUGUCUUCCACAACCAGGAGCCCCCACCCACAGUAGACCUGGUCAAGGACGCCGGACACUUUGACCGCAGUUCUUUCGAGGAGGCGUGCUUCUACAACUCCGACUACAUGGUGACGCGCACGCGCAUGGCCUCCGACGUGCAGGAGAAUGAGGAGAUCAUGGAGACCUUGGAUAUCUACGACAUGUUUGUCAGGUACUCCACCCUGCAUGUGUUCAGGGCUGUGGAGCCGGCUCUGCACCAGAAGUACCACUACCAGGCAUGUAACCCGCAGCUCAGUGAGGACAUCUACCACAGGUGUGUCCAGAGCAACCUGGAUGGCCUGGGAUCACGUUCCCAGCUCGCCAUGCUGUUAUUUGAACACGAGCAAGGAAAUAGCACUUGAUCACCAGCCCCCUUAGAAACUUGACCUAGUAUGUGUGUGAUUGUGUGUAUGCGUGAGUGUGAUGUGUGUAUGCGUGUGUGUUUGUUUUAAAACUAAUGCAGUACAUUCCUAAGCGGAAACCUUUUUUUUUAAACUAAAUGUUUACAAUAAAAAUGUGCUGUCCGUACAGAAAACGA